AUUUACAUGAGCCCAGCCUGCACCUGGAUGGACCACGCCUGGCGCUCUUGGGCUUACGACCAACCCCGAUCAAAAAGAUCAAUUGCCUCUGGGCCCGGCCGCUACAUCUCGCAUCAUGCCGCUCGUGCAAGCCGGCCUCGUGCUCAUCCCCCUGCUAUGGAUCGCCGCGUGGCUCCGAGUGCUCGCGCGCAACUACCGCGCAGCCCGCGCCACCGGCCUGCCCUUUGUCGUGUGCCCCUAUGAUCCGGAAGGCUUUGUUUUCGCCCUCAUCCAGGAGCCCCUCCGCCCCGUGCUGCGCCGGCUCCUCCCUGCCGCUGCCUUUGACGUGUACGAACUCAGCCUGUGGGGAUGGGAGUUCCGUGCAAAGGCCGCCGUCCACAAGCGCUACGGCCCGGCCUUCGUCGUCGUCACCACGGGCCUCAACCGGCUCGUCUGCGCCGACCCGGCCAUGGCGCAUGCCAUCCUGGCCAGGCGGAAGGACUUUGUGCAUCCGGACAUCAACCUCAAAACCAUGGGCUUCCUGGGAAGCAACAUCAUAACGAAUAACGACGAAGCCUGGUCCCGCCAGCGCCGCAUCGUCGCCCCGGCUCUUAACGAGCGCGUUAGCCCAGACGUCUGGAAGGAGAGCAUCGACCAGGCGUCAUCUCUCGCUGGCCUUCUGUGCGCCUCCGACUCGACAGUCGAGACGAUCGCUGGUCUGCGCGUGAUAGCCAUCGACGUGCUCACUCGUAUCGCCUACGGCCGCCACAAGCCCCUCACCUUAGCCCUCCCGUCCCGCGACCCGUCCGCGGACAUGUCCUACGUAGACGCUAUACACCUCUGCACCGAGCAGAUUCUUCUGGCUUCCUUUGUGCCCUCCUGGUUUCUGAGGUUGCCCUUCAUGCCGCGGCUGCUGCGGACGGUGGGCGUCGCGCUGGAGCGGCUCCCCGGCCUUACGAGGGACAUGCUCGACCAGGAGCGCCGGAGAAGCUCCUCCGCAGCUCUUGUCGCUGACGAGACAACGACCGCGGGUCUGAACAACAGCCCGGAAAUUAUCAUGAGCACGCUCAUCCGCCUCUCGGACCAGGAGAAGGAGCUGACCGAGAAGGGCACCCCCGACGAGAAGACGUCCAUAGCCGGCGGCAACAGAACCAGCAAGUCCUACCUGACAGAGGAGGAGAUCGCAGGGAACCUCUUCAUCUUCACCGCCGCCGGCUUCGACACGACCGCGAACACGAUGGCCUACGCCGUGACCCUCCUGGCGGCGUGCCCGGAGUGGCAGGCCUGGAUCCAGGCCGAGAUCGACGCCGUGCUGGGGGCUCCUACGCCGGGAGCUCCGGGACACGAGCUUCCUGUACCGGACUAUGCGACCGCUUUUCCAAAACUGACGCGGUGCAUGGCCGUCAUGCUCGAAACCCUCCGCCUCUACCCGGCGGCGACCAUGGUGAUGCGCGCCACCGCGGCGACCCAGGUCGUGCCGCUUGGGCACUCGUCGUCACCGGCCUCCUCCUUCACCCUGCGCGGCCCGUGCGCCGUCCAUGUCAACGUAAUGGCCCUGCAUACAUCCCCCGCGAGCUGGGGGUCGGACGCGCUCGAGUUCAACCCGGCGCGCUGGAUCCGCUCCGUCUCGGGCGCGCAAGGAGAGCCGGUAGAGGAGCUCGUGACCCCGCCGCGUGGCGUCUUCAUGCCCUGGUCCGCCGGCCCUCGCGUGUGCCCCGGCCAGAAAAUGUCGCAGGUGGAGUUUGUGGCCGUGAUAUCGACACUGUUCCGCAGCUACAGCGCCCAGCCGGUGCAAGUGGCCGGCGAGAGCGCGCAGCAAGCGAGGCGGCGGCUGUUGGACCUGACGCAGGACAGCCAUGCCGUGCUGACGUUGCAGAUAAGUAAGCCGAGAGAUGCGCGUCUGAGGUGGACGAGGCGCGCCUGAGGUGGCGAUACGGCGAUACGCUUGUAGGAGGCGUGGCCCUAGGACCCAGAUCGUUGUUCUCUAGACGACUGUGCCACCAGGGGGAAAAGAAGAUGCGAACGCUUCCAAUCGAUAUCCAACAAGCCCAACUGCCGAGGACGCCUCCAAUGCAAGGCCCGGCCACGACACAAUUGACAUGGACGAAGCGAAAAGCAAAAGGCUGUAAUAGUUGCUAAGAGCUAGGUAGAGUUCAUCGAAGCCAGCCGAGCUUUGCAAGCUCCUGAGACCCCUGCCGCAUGGCACCGCGUCAACUGCCA